UGUGUAGUCAUGUCAGUUGCUGUUUGGUUAAUUUCAGUGUCGGCCAUAUUUCUCGUGUACUGUAGUUGCAGCGUCGUUUGAACUUUUUUUGUGCCGGUAAUAUUUUCUUCUCGGUAUCUAUUCAUCAUGUUUCAUAAACAGGGCAUGCAGCAAUGGCUAACGCUAGGCCAUUGCCGCUGAGCGAGAUAGCGGGAUGGACACAUGAUUUCACUGUGAAUUCUCCUUCGUGGAGACUAGCUGGAGCCGACACGCCGUUACUGCCAAAAGAAGACGCUUGUUCCUGCAGCCAAUCUUUGUCUGUGCUUGUGUCAACCAUGGAGAGUUGCCAGGUGACUGUGGUUGUCAGAGGAGAAACUUCUCCAGGUGAGGUGCUUGCUGUUGUUGGCAGCUGUGAAGCAUUGGGAAACUGGAGCCAUGAAAAAGCUGUCAUAUUACAUCCUGAUAGUAAUGAAGGAAACACCUGGACUACAACAGUCACUGUGCCCAAAGGAGUUAGUUCCAAGUACCGCUAUUUCAGAGGCUUCUUUUUGUCUAAGAGUGCAGGUGGUCCCUGUCAAGUGAUAGUCAAUAUGUGGGAGACCCAUCAUCAACCUCGCACGAUGAGCCCCACAGCAUCAGACCAGAACAUUGAUGAUGGACAAUUUGGAAUUAACAAUGGGGUGAAAUGUGUAGACUCUGGUUGGCUUACAUGCCAGACAGAGAUUCGCCUACGUCUGCACUAUUCAAAGACCUCUCCGGUGUCCAUCACUAAGAAGAAAUUCAAGAGGUCCCGCUUCAGGAUCAAGCUGACAUUGGAGGGGAUUGAGGAGGAGGAGGAGGAAGAUGAAGAGGAUGGUGCACUUAGUGCUUCAUCUUGGAACAAGAUGACCACCACUUUGGAGAUGAUAAUGAUCAGUGCCAAUGGCUAUAGGUCGCGUCACUCACAGCCUGAAUGUGGAUAUGCACUGGAGCCGACCCGGUGGACUGAGUACAGUAUUCACACCAUGGAUCCAGACAACUUAGAGCUCACCUUUGAGUUCUUUGAGGAAGAUCUGAGUGAGCAUGUUGUCCAGGGAGACACUCAUCCAGGACAUGUGGGCACAGCUUGUCUUCUCUCCUCCACUUUUCUGGAGAGUGGCAAAGACAACGGAGUAGUCACUCUUCCCAUAAUGAGUCGAAACUCCAGACAUACCAUCGGGAAAGUGAGAGUGGAUUUCCUGGUGAUUCGGCCCAUCCAGGGGCUGCUGUGUGACAUGAGUGCCUCGUUCACCAAAUACUGGAAGAAAGGAAGUGCUCUGAAUGUGGGUCACAGAGGAGCUGGCAGCACACAUGCAGCCAAGUACCACAGAGUCAGGGAGAACACAAUAGCCUCAUUCAAAAGUGCUUCCAAGCAUGGUGCAGCUUAUGUGGAGUUUGAUGUUCACCUUUCCAAGGAUGCUGUUCCUAUUGUAUACCAUGACCUGACAUGCUGCAUAUCCACCAAGAAGAAAAACGACAAGACUUCACUGGAGCUCAUCGAGGUGCCAGUCAAAGACUUGACAUUUGAUCAGCUGCAGCUUCUAAAGCUGGCCCAUGUUGCUGCAAUGCAGGCCAGUGAUCAUAACGAUCUGCUUGACGAUGAAGAUGAAAUUGAUGAGCAUCAGCCCUUCCCUUCACUCUCACAGAUCUUUCAGGCUGUUCCUGAUAAUCUGGGUUUCAACAUUGAGCUUAAAUGGAUAUGCCAGAUGAAGGACGGCUCGUGGGAUGGCAAACUAUCGUCCUACUUCAACAUGAACAGCUUCCUCGAUAUUAUUCUGUCUUGUGUUCUGCAAGAAGCUGGCAAAAGACGCAUCGUCUUCUCUAGUUUUGACCCAGAUAUAUGUACAAUGGUGCGUCAAAAGCAGAACAAGUACCCCAUCCUUUUCCUUACUCAGGGAAUUUCAGAAAGGUAUCCUGAACUGAUGGACAUCCGCUGCCAGACCACUCAGUUUGCCAUAAGUUUUGCCCAGAGUGAGAACAUUUUGGGAAUAAGUGCCCACUCCGAGGACCUGCUUAAGAACCUCAUCUACAUUAGUGAAGCCCAGUCUAAAGGCCUGGUGGUGUUCUGCUGGGGAGAUGACAACAAUGACCACGAGACCAGAAGGAGGCUGAGGGAGCAGGGGAUAGAUGGGCUGAUCUAUGAUAGUAUCUGUGAGGAACAAGGGGAACAGCCAAAUAUCUUCCAAGUAGAGGGGCAACACUCCCUGCAGGAGGUUAUUACAGAGGAGACCCUAAAGAGUGGCACCUGUUCCUGCUACUCCAUCCCCUGUUCCAUGGCUCCCUGCAUUGCCUCCAAGGCCCGUGCUGGCAGUGCUGAGUCUGAUUCUGGGCACAGCUCCUUGUAAUCCAAUACUACCUAACUCAAGUUGGCUAAUGUCAAAAGUAACAGAUGAGAUCAGAUCAUCAAUAUUUUAUCUAUCACAAGAAUAAAUACACUUGUUUAUAUUUUCUGUUAAAGUAUAGUAGUUGAAUGUUUUGCCAAAGCAUUCUAGCAGUCAGGCCUAUUCUGUGUUUAUGGAUUAUAUCAGAACUCCCAAUUGUGGAUAUUUAAUCAGCCAUCAUUUUUCAUCUCUGUAUAGUCAAAGUGCUAAAAAGUUAAUGCUUAUGGUUUUUUGUGGGUGUCAUUUUUUUUAACAACAUAGUAAAUUGUCAUUUGGUUUAUGGUGACAUUUCAUUAUGCUGUUUUUCUGUUUUUGCUGGUUUAUCUCUUCUGUGCAUGUAGCCAUUGCCUGAAAUGUUGUUUUUGAAAUAUUAGUAAUAGCACAUCCAUUGCUGGGUGAAGUUUGUAUGCUACACACAGGACAUGCAUUAGGAUGACGGGACAGGUCACCAUGAAUGAAAAAUUACCUCCUAGUGUGUAAACUGUAGCACUUGGAAGAGCACAGAUGGACUGUCAAAAACUCCUCCUUUCCACACAUUUAAACUCCUACUUAUUGACUCUUUGGGUGUAAUAGCUGUUAUCAUUAACAACAUUCUACAGGCGUACAAGAUUCACCGCAUCCUGUAAUUAUUUUAUAUAAAAAAGAAGACAUGUUUUCUUUUAACAGUGCACAGAUACAACAGCCUUAAAAAGAAUACAAUGAUUCCUGUACAAAACAACUUCCACAACUUCUCAUGGAUCGCUUGUCACUUCUCAACACAAAUGCCUUUUAUUGCAUGAGAUAUUUUUUUUUAGUGAAAAUUAAACUUAAAAUAAUUUGAAUAUUAAAGUGUUUAGGAUAUAGGGAUAAAUGUGAGUGUGUGAAUCUACCAUGUUGUACAGUCUACAGAUAAACAGAACUAAAGCAAACAAUAGCUAUAGAGAGAGUCUGUCAUGUUUGUUACCUCAGGGCCAGUGCAAACUUUUUGCACGCCCUCUUGAGUUUGUGGCUUGUUGCUAUUAAAUCCUGUGUGUUUUAGCAGAACCUGUUAUAUGUGCACUUUGAACACAGCAAAAUACCCAAAACUGACUUGCACACACUGCAAUGAUUAUGCCAUGCAAGGUCUGUAUAUAUCUGUAUGAAUGAAACAAAAUACUUGAUUCCACACUUGAGGACAUGAGUGUGGAAAUGUUGAUGCAAAUAAAAUCAAUAGACACAUUUA